UAAAGAUUAAAAACAUUUGAUAAUUCUUUACUCUCUCACAGUCGGAGUUUAUGGCCAAUUCUGGCAACAAAGUGGCAGAUGACUCUAUUAGCGAUAGUAAUAUAAACAAUCACAACAAUUGCAUUUUGCAGAAGACGAAGGCGUUUGGUGCUAGGGAGAUUUGGGACUUUGCCAAAUCAAUUGGUGCUAUGGCGACUGGAAAAGAGGAAGAAGUUCUAAAAAGACUAGAGCAGUUUGAAACACGAGAUGGCCGACAACAAGUUGAGGAUCCUUCGAGGAAGCAGAGGAACGGCAUUGCAGGGGAAGGGGGUGACUUCAAUUUUACAAAACCGCAAAAGGAGAUAAAGGGAUGCAAAGGAGUGCAGAAUGAGAUGGUUGGGUUUGAAGAGUUCCUUAGUGUCUUGAGUUUGAUUGAUCUACCAAUGAUAGGAAGAAGAUUUACUUGGUGUCAACCAAAUGGCAAUGCAAUGAGUAGACUCGAUAGAUUCCUGCUAUUAGAAGAUUGGCUACUAAAAUGGAAAGACAUGAAAUAAUGGGGCUUGAAAAGAGACAUCUCAAACCAUUGCCCUGUUCUGUUAAAAAAUGAGGUUAAGAAUU